AUGAAUCCCCACACCGAGCUGGUGAGCUGCCUGCGGGCAGCCUGGCUCUCGGGGAAGACGCGGCCCAUGGAGUACCGCGUGGCCCAGCUGGAGGCCCUGGGACGUUUCUUGGAUGAGAAGAAGCAGGACAUCUUGGAGGCCACCGCCUCGGACAUGGGCAAGCCACCCUUUGAAGUGGAGCUCUCCGAGAUCUCCAUCUGCAGGAGCGAGCUCAACCACGCACUCAACAACCUGGGCACCUGGAUGAAGGAUGAGCACGUGGAGAAGAACUGGGCGACGCAGCUGGACUCGGCCUUCAUCCGCAAGGACCCGUACGGGGUGGUGCUCAUCAUCGGGCCCUGGAACUACCCCAUCAACCUCCUCCUGGUGCCCCUCAUCGGGGCCAUCGCCGCUGGUAACUGUGUUGCCAUGAAACCCUCCGAGAUCAGCAGGAAUGUGGAGAGGUUAGUGGCCGAGACGCUGCCCAGGUACCUAGACAAGGACUGCUUUGCCGUGGUGACCGCCAGCAUGGAAGAAAUCACCAGACUGCUGGAGAACAAGUUUGACUACAUCUUCUUCACCGGCAGCCCCUCCGUGGGGAGGAUCGUGAUGACAGCCGCUGCCAAGCACCUGACGCCCGUGACGCUGGAGCUGGGGGGCAAGAACCCCUGCUACGUGUCCGACACCUGCGACGUGCAGAAUGUGGCCCGGUGGGUGGCCUGGGGCCGCUUCUUCAACGCGGGGCAGACCUGCAUCGCGCCCGACUACGUGCUGUGCAGCGUGGAGAUGCGGGAGAAGCUGCUGCCCGCCCUGCGUAAGGCCAUCACUGAUUUUUAUGGCUCCAACCCUCGGGAGUCCCCCGACUUCGGCCGCAUCGUGGGGGACAAGCAGUUCCGGCGGGUGCAGGCUCUGCUGCGCAGCGGGCUUGUGGUCAUUGGAGGACAGACGGACGCAGAGGCGCGCUACAUCGCCCCCACGGUGCUGGUGGACGUGCAGCAGGAUGACCCCGUCAUGCAGGAGGAGAUCUUCGGGCCCAUCCUGCCCAUCCUCACGGUGGCCAGCGUGGAUGACGCCAUUGCCUUCAUUAACGCCCGGGAGCGGCCGCUGGCCCUCUACGUCUUCUCCUCCUGCAAGAAGGUGGUGAACCGGGUGCUGGAGCGGACGAGCAGCGGCGGCUUCUGUGCCAAUGACACCAUCAUGCACAUGACGCUCACCACCCUGCCCUUCAGAGGCAUCGGGCAGGGCGGUUUAGGCCGCUAUCACGGCCGCUUCAGCUUCGAGACCUUCUCGCACCCGCGAUCCACGUUGCUCCGCGGGGUCGGCCGGGAGGCCCUCAACGCCCCACGCUACCCACCCUACGCCCCCAGCCGCCUCCCGCUGCUCCGCGCCACCACCGAGACCAAGCGCCUCGCCGCCGCAAUAAACGUCUACUUCCGCUUCCGCCUACGCUUCGAGCCCGCCCCGCCGUCUCACGCCCGACCAAUCGCCGCGCCGCUCCGCCGCCGCCCCGCCCAAUCCACGAAUCUCCUCCCCAUCUUCCCCCCACCCUCCCUUCCCCAGCGGCCUCCGACCAAUCGAAAACGAGUCUGGCGCCGUCUGCCCCGCCCUCCCUCCCCCUAG